AUGAUGGAAGAAAACGUAGAAAUUGUUGCUACGACUGCGAAAUCAAAAAAAAUAAAUGUUAUUAGCAAAGAAACUGUUCAUCAUAUUUGUUCAGGUCAGGUGGUGCUGGAUCUUGCUGUAGCAAUUAAAGAACUUGUGGAAAAUAGCGCUGAUAGUGGAGCUAACUGUAUUGAUGUAAAGCUAGUAGAUUAUGGAAAAACAUCCAUCACCGUCAGUGAUAACGGUAGCGGUGUUUUGGAGCAUGACUUUGAAGGACUAGGUUUGAAGCAUCAUACAUCAAAACUUCGUGAUUUUAGUGAUCUCUUAGAAGUAUCAACAUUUGGCUUUCGUGGAGAAGCAUUGAGUUCACUUUGUUCAUUAUCAGAUGUAACAAUAACAACAAAGCAUCUAGAAAAUGAACAUGCAUAUAAGUUGCAGUUUGACCGAAAUGGACGUUUGGAAAAUAAAGAAAUAUGUGCACGUGAAAGAGGAACAACCGUAUGUGUUAAAAAUAUAUUCAAAAGCCUUCCAGUGAGAAUAAAAGAGUUUGAAAAAAAUCUUAAACGGGAAUUUUCAAAAGCAAUACAAAUUUUGUAUGGUUACUGUUUAGUGUCAACUGGAAUAAAAAUAACAUGUACCAAUAAAGUGGAUAAAAAAUCAGAGGCUAGUAUUGUUGCAACAAAUGGAGCUGAUAAUGUUUUAGAUAAUGCUUACUGUAUUUUCGGUAAAAAAAAUCUCAAUGGUAUCAGUAUUGUUGAUAUAAUUACACCAGAUCAAAGUAUUAGAGAAGAAUUUCAUUUACCGGAAGAUUUGAGUGUUGAUUUUUCGUGGGAAUUUUACGUGAGUAGUUGCGAACACUCAAUGGGACGAGGAUCACCAGAUCGGCAAUUUUUUUUUGUCAACGGACGUCCCUGUAAUUUAACUAAAAUAUCAAAAUUAAUUAAUAAUUUGUAUCAUAAAUAUAAUAAUAAGCAAUACCCGUUUGUGUAUUUAAAUUUAAAAUUAAAUCAACAGUCUGCUGAUGUCAAUGUCACACCAGAUAAGCGAACAAUAUUUUUAUUGCAAGAAAAAUUAAUAUUCGGUACUAUUAAAAUGAGUUUGCAGACUAAAUGGGACAAAAUGCAAGGUAAUUUUACUGAGCAGGCUUUAACUCAACUACAGGUAUCAUUUAAACGUAAUCUUGUACGAAAUAGUUCAACAUCUCCACCUUCAAAAAAACUACAAUUAUCUUUAAACGAUUUAAAUGAAAAUAAAAAUAAUAAUAAUGAAGAAUAUAAUCGUAUUGAGAAUGAAUUCGUGAGACAAGAAAUAGAUGUUACUAAAUUAAAAAAACUACCGGACAGAGAAAUAAAAAUAGAUAUUGAAUCAGUAGUGGCGGCUGCUGAAUUAAAAACUAAACGGCAAGAAAAUAAAGAUUUAGAAUAUAAAAUAAAAUUCCGAGCUGAGAUCGAUGUAGCUAAAAAUAAUGAUGCAGAGGAAGAAUUAAAAAAACAAUUGACUAAAGAAAAUUUUAUGGAGAUGAAAAUAAUUGGGCAGUUUAACUUGGGAUUUAUAAUUACGCAAUUAGACGGGGAUCUUUUUUUAAUAGAUCAGCAUGCAAGUGAUGAAAAAUUUAGAUUUGAGAAAUUAAACAGCGAAACUAAAUUAAAAACGCAAAAGUUAGUAAUACCAAAGCCUUUAAAUCUAACAGCUGUCAACGAGACAAUAUUACUUGAACAUCAAGAAUUUUUUCAUGCCAACGGUUUUAGUUUUGACGUCAAUGAAGAUGACCAAGUGGGUAAACGAAUAAAAUUAAUUGGAAUGCCUGUGAGUGGAUAUUGGCAAUUCGGUCAAACAGACAUAGAAGAAUUAAUAUUUUUAAUAAAAGAAGGCGAUCCCGAGGGUGUUAACAGUAAUCUUUUGGAGGGAAAAAUUCUACGCCCAAGUCGAAUACGUCAGAUGCUUGCUUCAAGAGCUUGUCGAAGUGCUGUGAUGAUUGGUACAGCUUUAAAUACUUCAGAAAUGCAACGUCUGCUGACACAAAUGAGUCAAAUGCAAAACCCAUGGAAUUGUCCUCAUGGUAGACCCACCAUAAGGCAUUUAUUAUCUCUGAAUCUCUUACAUAAUUCAUAA